GCCCAGCCCACACAGGUGUAGGUGAUGUAUAUCUUUAAUUGGUUCAGUCACCACGCGCGUGGAUAAGCAUGAUGACCGUUUGAGGAGCGUAUUUCACACGUGAACUAAUAAAUAUCACUUAAGUAUGAGCAGACGACCAUCUAAUGGGUGCAGGGAUGAUCUUAAAGAUGAGCCUACAAGAGGGAAACGUUACCCCUCUUCUAAAAAGGAAAGGGGGCUCCAGGCUUCUCUUCAUUCUUGCAAGGAACAGAAACGGAGGCUUCAAAUCAGAACCUCUUGUCGACGCCUGUGUGACCUUCUGCCCUUCCUCAAUGGUCAGUUAGACACAGCAACCACACUAGAGCUCACAGCGAGGUACAUUAGCUACCUGAAGGAGACUCUGCCGCCAGGCAUUCUGUCUAAAGUUAAUGAAGCAGUUGAGGCCGAUGUGAGUGGUUCAUGGAAAAACAAAGAAAAGCCACAGCAGAAACGAAGAACAGUCAGGCUAAAGAAGAAUUCUUUGCAGAGAGCAAAGCCAGCUGCUAAGAAGUCCACAGAGGAUCAUGUUUCAAGAAGAUACACUCAGCAAAAGAUCUGUAAACAAGUAGAUCGUCCAUCUAGCACUAUAACCAAUCCUCUGACAAUUGAUCAAAUGCUUCCUCCAGCUGACGGCCUUACCACAGCACAUGCCCUGCCGAUACUGUUGGACAAAUCGGCCGUUCCCCGAGGACAAAUGCUGCCAGUGUGCCGGGAUCAAUUUCUCUCUGCCUCUUUUGAGCCAGCGGAAAAUGACUGGAUGAACCCGACCCCAUGUGCUUUCACAUCAGCAAUGAUGAGCCACACUUUUUUACCACAGAUAGGACUACAGCCCUCUUCAAGCCCUAUGUUUUGGGAUGCCACUCCUGACCUGGUGGAUCCUGUUGCUCUCCCAUCAGUGAAUUUUGGCCAAGCCUACAGCCCACCUGAACAGACUACGAUAACAAACUUCAUUGUACCCUUAGUAGAACAAGGCCAGUUCAGUUCAUCUCUGGCUGGCCCAACUGACAGUGUUUCAGCGGGAGAUUUUACAAACCAACCACUCAUCCCAUUUUCUGUGUUUCAAAGUGCAACUUUAAGUUCUGAUAACUUGAUACCUGAGGCUGGAUAUCUGCCAGUGUCAGACACUCUGUGUGAUUCAGGGCUCCUUCAGGAAAAUAAUCUUUGUAGUAGUAGCUCUUUGACAGACAGUCCAUACGGUGUGGACAAUCCAUCAUGGCUGGAUUUGCUGUUGGAUACUAAUGGUAACCUGUGUUUCCCUGAUGCUCAUCUUGUGAACAUUGUUCUUUCACCUUACACAGGGUCCAACUAACUAUAUGGUUAGAGACAUCGCAGAUGAUAGCAGUUUUGAUUGGCCAAAUAUUAGAGAAAUGGAUGCAGAUAAUGGUCUUUCUUUGUUUUAUUUAUACAUGUCUAUAUACUGCGGGUCAUCACAAUGGCCAAAAAAUUAGUUAUUUCACAGUGACAAACUUCAUGAGGUCUGUGUGUAACAUAGUACACACACCCCAAUAAAUGCAUUUUUGAGUAAAAG